AUGAACCCAUUGUUUAAGUGUUGUGGCUACUAUUGCUCGUGUCUACUCAUCGUAAGUAUCGUGGUCUUCGGCAUCCUGAUUGGCUUAAUUCAGUCGCACAAUCCCUGGUUGACUAGAGAAUUCAAACACGACAUUGACUCAAAAGUGGACGCUUUAAUAAUCGCCAUUAUUGUAAAUGCAGUGUGCUUUGUUCUUUGCAUUGCUUGCCUAGUGAUUGGCACAUGCUCAGAAAUCAAGCAGAAGCAAAUUUAAGAGAAAGAGGAUGAAAAUUUUAACUUCGGUCUUAAUAAGAAUCUGUGA